AUGGAUGCAUUGGUGGACACAGUUAUUUUUUUGGGAAAGUUUCUAUAUUACUUUUUAGAAUCUUUAGUUUUCAAGAUAAUUCCCAAGAGAAGAAAGAAUGUUGCUGGAGAGAUUGUACUCAUAACAGGAGCUGGAAGUGGACUUGGGAGGCAAUUGGCCAUGAAGUUUGCCAGCCAUAAGGCCACUGUAGUUCUAUGGGACAUUAAUCAAGAAAGCAAUAUGGAAACAUGUAGACUGGCCAAAGAAAAGGGUGAUGUAAAAGUCUUUGCCUAUAAGUGUGACUGCAGCAAUAGGCAAGAGGUCUACAGAGUCGCUGAUCAGGUUAGAGAAGAAGUUGGUGAUGUCACCAUCCUCAUUAACAAUGCUGGUAUUGUCACAGGAAAGCCCUUCCUUGAUAUUCCAGAUCAUGUGGCAGAAAGAUCAUUUUAUGUCAAUGCUAUCGCUCAUUUCUGGACUUGCAAGGCUUUCCUUCCUGCCAUGAUUAAAGAUAACCAUGGUCAUUUGGUGUGUAUUUCAAGUAUAGCAGGACUAGUAGGUAUCAAUGGACUAUCAGAUUAUUCUGCAAGCAAAUUUGCAGCCUUUGGAUUUGCUGAGUCCCUCUUCCUUGAACUAAAUUUGCUAAAGAAAACUAAAAUUAAGACCACCAUUGUUUGUCCCUUUUUCAUCAAAACUGGAAUGUUUGAUGGUUGUACAACCAAGUAUCCCCUUAUAUUACCUUUGCUGGAGCAGGAUUAUGUGGCCCAAAAGAUUUUCAACGCUAUUUUAGAAGACCAAGUUUACCUGAUCAUACCCAAAUUUGCAUAUGUUGCCUUGCUUCUUAAACAAAUAAUAUCUCCAAAAAUGAUCAUUGUCCUUGGUGAAUACCUUGGAGUGGACACUUGCAUGACUUCCUUUAAAGGGAAAACAAUAGCCCCUGAGCUGCCUUGUGACAUUGAGAGGAAACACCAAUAG